AGUGUAUAUAUAACAGUGAAUUAUCAUCAACUAAGCCGGGCUAACAGACGGCAACUAGCGACGAGAUUAUGCGACAUUAGCACUAGCCGUCAAGCCGUCAAGCCGUCUUACGUAACCAAUCAGUCGCGUAGAAGUCAUCGGUACGGCUGCACGUGCGUGAAAACCGAACAUUCAUGAGCAAUUAUGUCACGAUUGCCUUGCGAUUGUGGGUCACGAGACAACGUGCGUGAUAACGAUAACAAUGAUAGAAAUAUGGAAAGUAACAGAAGAAGCAGCAUGGCCAAUAGUGACAAACCGGAAGGUCGCGUUCUGGUGCUUUACACAGGUGGCACGAUAGGAAUGAUGAGGAAUGAGCAAGGAGCGCUGGUACCGAUAACUAAUGCGUUUGUUAAAAAUCUUCGGAAAUAUCCACAAUUGCACGAUCGCGAGUACGCCGAAAAAAGAUUCGGCGCGAUGGGACCACUAGUAUUGCCCGUGACCGCAACCGACAAUCGUCGGGUCGUUUACAGCGUAUUCGAAUACUCGGAACUCUGCGAUUCCAGUAAUAUGACUAUGGACGAGUGGAUUCGCAUUGCUAACGAUAUUAAGGAAUCUUAUGAGCGUUUCGACGGAUUCGUGGUCCUUCACGGCACCGACACCCUCAGUUACACUGCGUCCGCCCUAUCCUUCAUGCUCGAGGCUCUGGGCAAGAUCGUCAUCCUGACCGGUUCGCAGGUGCCGAUUUUCGACACAAGGAGUGACGGUCUGGACAAUUUUCUCGCGUCUCUCGUGAUCGCGGCGAAUUAUAAUAUACCCGAAGUAUGCGUGUUCUUCGGUACGAACUUGCUGCGCGGCAAUCGCACGAGCAAGGCAUCAGCGACGUCCUUCGAAGCCUUCCAGUCACCGAACUUUCUACCCCUCGCCACGGCAAACAUCAAGAUCGAAGUGGAUUAUCGCUCGAUUUUCCGUCCAUGUACCAUGGAAAAGUUCUAUGUACACGCGUCGCUCAAUCGAAAUGUAGGCCUGCUCCGAUUGUUUCCCAGCAUCACGUCUGACUUAGUCAAGGUGUUUCUUCAACCGCCUAUGGAAGGUGUCAUACUGCAAUCCUACGGCACGGGGAACAUCCCGACAAAUCGCGAUGACAUCAUCGAGGAGUUUCGCGCGGCGACGAGGCGGGGUGUGAUCAUCGUGAAUAUCACGCAAUGCGCGAGUGGAUGCGUCUCGGACGCAUAUGAGGCUGGAAAACUGCUCCAAAAAGCUGGUGUGAUAUCGGGCUUUGACAUGACACCGGAGGCAGCAUUAACGAAACUCGCGUACGUUUUAUCGAAAAACAAUUGGGACACUGAAACUAAACGGCAAAUGAUGCAAACGAAUUUACGAGGCGAGCUGACCGCCGGUCGGCCACCCAUUAUACAGGACUGGGAUCUGGUGGAGGCUGUCGCUAGAUCCUUGAGAUUAUCCUCGAUGGCGGAGCUUCAGGAUCUGGGAGCGAUCCUGUUCCCGGCUAUGCUGAACGCCGCAGUGAUCAGGCACGACGUCGUCAAACUCGAGUCUUUAAAAGGAUAUGGCGCGGAUAUCUCGCUGGCGAACGCAGACGGCCGAACGGCUUUGCACAUAGCUUGCUGCGAGGGUGAUAUGAAAGUCGUGCGAAGUCUUUUAAAAAUGGGCGCAAAUGUUCACAUUAAGGAUCGAUUUGAUCGCACGCCUCUUACUGACGCGAUCGAAUAUGAUCGUCAUGAGAUUAUUAGGGUACUGCUGCAGUGUGGAGCGCAUCUUCACGGCGACGCUGUGUCGAUCGGCGAGAAGAUGUGCUCAGCCGCAACCGCCGGAAACACGAAGCGUCUGCACUCGUAUUUGAUGGCCGGCGCCGAUCUAUCGCAGAAGGACUCUUCUGGACGCACACCGCUGCAUUUCGCCGCUCUUCACGAUCGCGUGGAAGCGGUCAGGUACCUGUUGGAUCACGGUGCGGAUUCGCGCUGCGUCGACAUGCUGGGAGAAACCGCGACGGAUCUCGCGGAGACUGUGCAAGCCGAAGGUGCCAUAUGUUUGUUAGCACCUUUCAAGCAGAACGGCGUCCACGAUGAGGUCGAUGACAAAACCGCAGCGCGAAUGCAAAAUCUUGGCCUGUCCAUGUCUUAGUUACUUUCAGCUAAAAACGAUUGUCUCAAAGGUGAAUCUUGAAUUAAAAAUGAGUUGACUGUGAUUCAUUCUAUUCUCUUUUUCUGAUCUAAUUAUAGUCUAUUGCUUAUACUAUACUAGGUGAAAUAUUCGUUUAAUAAAAAUUAACUUCUUGAAUGAAAUUAAUGUAGCCAAAUUUUAAAGAUUGCGACCAUGUAAAAGUAUCACUGAAGUUAAUCCAAGUGUGUUAUUUCUACACACAUACAUAUCUAAAAAUGGCACAUUUGACUGAAGCUUGUUUUAUUGCGUUUUAAAUUAAUAUGUUUAAUCGUAUUAAAUUAAAAAUUAAUACGUUCAACCGUGUUAAAUGACGUGAUUUAAAACGGUAAAAAAGUGUGUAAGAACAGCUUUGGUUAAAAUAAGACACUGGGAUUUGCAGUGAUGUGACAGGGUUUUGGAGAGGAAUAUAGGCGCAAAAGAGAUCUGUGUAUAUAUAUUUUAGCUCCUUUCAAAUUUUAUUACAAUUACAAAUAGUGCGUAACACGAUUGUCACAAAUUUGUUGGAUAACAAACUUAACAUUUUUGUAUCUAACCUUUUAUAAACUAUGAUAAUAUAUUAUUUAGUGCAUAUAUUUCUUUGCAAUAAUAAACAGCUCUAUUAUUAUCAAAAUUGGUAAA